GCCCCGGUCCAUCAGAGCAAUUCGCUUUGCACAGUCAGCUACACCAUGAGCUCGCAGGCACUUGCAAGAUACCCUUGGUUCGUUGUCUUUGUCUUUGCCACUGCAGCAAAAGGGAACCCUGAAACACCCUCUUUCCAGUCAGGGAUCCUGUAUCAGUACCGGUACUCACUGGAGGGACACCUGCACCAUCUGUCAGAGUUGCCUUUGCAAGGAGGCAGAAUCCAGGUGGAAGCAUUGGUUGAUGUGCAGUGCUUGUGGAGGAGCGUGAAGGAUGAACACGAGCAGCUUCUCCGAGUGCAGAUCCAUAAUGUGCAAAUCAAACAUGAUGACGACAAACAUGACGAAGCCGUGACAUCUUCAAUGAAUGUUACAGAACUGCUGCAGCCCAUCUUCCUCCACUGGAAUCAUGGGAAGGUUGAAGGCAUCUACCAAGACAAGGCAGGAAGUCCCUUAAUUCUGGAGUUGAAGCGGGGCCUUGCCAGUCUCCUCCAGUUUCAGACACAUGCAGGGACUGUGACUGAGGGGGACAUUUCUGGAAGCUGCCAAGUUACUUAUGUGGUCUCUGAGGAUUCUGUUCUGAAGAUGAAAGAUCUGCACAGCUGCACAAGACCCGCAUUUGGAUUCAGCUCUGUUAACAAAAUUUUUGGAGUCUUGUGGCAACCCACAAGUAAAACCCGUUAUUCAAUGGAAGGAAGUCUCAUCAAGUCUGCAUUGUCUGAGGAAAGUCACACCAUCUCUCUAAUCUUGAAGUCUUCUAUUGGAGCUAAUAUCACCUCUAGGCAGCUUCUUGAACUUGUGACUCAAGGGCCUGGAUCAAAUGAAUUACCUCAGAAGAGUCUUCCAGAAGCUUUGGCUGCUGUGCUGGACAAAGUCCAUCCUAUGAACAUAACAAGUGAGCCUUCCAAGAGGCUCUGCACUAAGUGCCCAACACUCAAAACCUAUUUGAAAGAACUUCAUGAGUGGUUGAAGAUGGAUCGCUUCAAGGCAUCAACUACUUGGCAUUUUUGCGGAGUUGUCUACAUGCUUCAUGGGGCCAAGAAAAAGGAUAUUCUUCUGUUGCUGAAGAAAGCUCCAAAGGAUAUGGUCCCCUUCUAUAUCGAAGCUGCAGUUGCUGCCCAGACUAAGGCUGCCUUGGCAGCACUGUCCGAGUUCCUGGAUAUGAGGAACAAGGAGCAGGUGCCCCUGCAAGAGAAGUUUCUCUACGCUGCAGCCUUCUCCCCUCGGCCUUCAAAGGAGCUUUUGCGGAUGGUGAUAGAUUUGCUGGGUGGGAAGAAACUGGUGACAUCCAUUUGGGAGACGGGGAAUUUAGCUAUUGGCAGCCUGAUCGGCAAGUUGUGCCAGAUGCAACUGUGUGAGCUGGAGGAAGUACGGCUCCAGAUGGAGAGGAUCCUCCACAAGCUGAAAAGCACCAGGAGCAACUCAGAGAGGGUGAUAUACCUGUUGUCCCUGAAAAAUGCACUGCUCCCAGAAUCCAUCCCCACCUUCCUACAUUAUGCAGAGGAGGGUCCUGCACCCAUCUCAGCUACAGCGCUGUCUGCAUUGCAGAGGUACCCAGCACAGCAUAUCUCAGACACGGUUAAAGCAGCAAUGAAACGCAUUUUCUAUCAAGUUCGAAGAAAGUAUUCAAACGUUUUAAGGCUUGCGGCUGCAGAGAUUCUCUUGGACAAUGAUCCCUCCCCAGCAGACUUCACCCAUGUCUUGUUGGUCACCAGAGAACUACAACCAGAAAUGGCACAAUUUCUGCUCUCAAAAAUCCAAGGCAUUUUACGCUCCCCUCAUCAUCCAAGCAGGCAAGUGAUCAAAGAUGUUCUGAAAGAUCCACAGAUAAAUAAUUACUACUUCCUCUCAUCACUAGCUGGGAACUCCAUCUCCUUCUUGGGACCACUAGCAGUUACGAAUGACACACUCUCAACCUUUGGUCUGAAGCUUUUGUUCUCUGACAUUGGUUUCCUGAGGACGAGCACCACGAGUUUUGAUGUUCUAAGUCAUGGCCACCAAUUCCAAGCUGCUCAGGUGGCCUUUGAAGCGAUGGGACUUGACAGUGUUCUAGCAGGUGACACACCUGAUGAAGAGGAGGGAUUCAAGGCCGGCAUGUCUGUGACUUUGCUUGGUGUCCAGCUACGGCCAGUGGUCUUCUUUGAUGGCUAUACAGACCUAAUGGCAAAGGUCUUUACCAGCUCAGGAAAGCCCACAAGUGUGAUGAAAGGGAACGUGCUACUGAUGGAUCAUCAGCAGGCUGUCCCGCUUCAGUCUGGUCUCCAAGCUGUGAUUUCGCUCCAAGGAGGACUUGGGCUAGAUGUUUCAGCUGACAUCCAUGUGAAUGUAUGGAAUCAGGAACUCACAACAGACGUUGAAACAAGGGGUGCCAUGACCAUCGACUUCAAAGCAGAACUCGAUGCUCCAUUCUUUCAAGUGACUCUCAAAAGCGAAAAUGAGAUUGAGAUGGCCACAAAUUUCUAUACUACUGCAACUGUUACCAGCCUCCCUGUGCUCAUGUGUCUGCAGGUUACAGAGGAAAGAGUCUCUCACGGGCAAUACAUCUCGGUCAGUCAAUCUUCUGCCAACCAUGACGCGACUGCCCACGAAGAAAGGAGGACCAGCAUGCCCGGGCGCGAACUGGCCUUGCACCCGGCCAAUGCUGUAAUGUGCAAAAUACUGCUCGCGGGCCAAUAAAAGUAGUAUCCAUCUGA